AUGGAUGUGAGUGAAAAUAUAAGCAAUUUCUUUAUUCUUGGAUUCCCUGGACUUUCCUCCCAAUAUUAUGGGCCUGCAUCGGCUCUGCUUUUUCUCAUUUACCUUGCUAUUGCUGCUGGGAAUGUUUUCAUUUUGGUAUUUGUUAUGCUUGAAAAGUGCCUGCAAAAGCCAACAUACCUGGUUUUUUGUCACCUGGCACUGAAUGACUUGAUGUUUGGAACCGUCACUCUCCCAAAGAUCAUUGCAAAAUAUUGGUUUGGUGACGGCAUUAUAACAUUUUAUGGCUGUUUUGCGCAGAUGUUUUUUGUUCAUUAUUUAGGGUCAGUGAUUUCUUUCAUGUUGCUGGUAAUGGCUCUUGAUCGGUUCAUUGCAAUAUGUAUCCCACUGCGUUAUCCCAUUCUAAUUACAAACAAAAGCAUAUCUGUAAUGUGUGGAUUUGCCUGGUUCAUACCCCUGCCAUGGAUGAUAGGUAUUGUACUGCAACUCGUCGCUUUACCCUUUUGUAAAACUAAUGUCAUUCCACAGUGUUACUGUGAUCACAUUUCCAUAUCAAAUCAGGCAUGUGGAGAACACGUUCGAGGAGCUGUUGUCUUAGCUCUGUGUGUUGCCAUGUUUUUUCUUUUGCUGCCUCUUGCAUUCAUCCUGUUUUCUUACAUUUCCAUUAUUGUGGUGAUUACAAAAAUGUCCAAUGUCUCAGGGCGUCAAAAAACUUUAUCAACAUGUACUCCACAAAUAUUUAUCACAUGCCUCUUUUAUCUACCCAGAUGUUUUGUUUAUCUGGCUAACGCUGUGGGCUUUUCCUUCAGUCUCGAUAUUCGCAUCGUAUUAAUAUUAUUGUACAGUCUUUUACCUGCAGCUGUCAAUCCACUCAUAUAUUGUCUUAAGACUCUAGACAUUAAGCAGUUGUUGAUGAAAAGGCUGAGAAAAAAUUAA